AUGCAAGCCGCACUCGCACCGUUCCAAGAGGCUCAUGCAACUGCGCUGGCCCAGCCUGUCGCCAACUUCUUCAGCCCUGUCCCGCCGGCGCAAGACCCCGGCCGCCUGUAUGCCUUCUUCCGCACAUCCAACGACGUGCAGAUCGAGGGCGAUGUGCGCCAUGUGCUCAAGCACAACAAGACCACCCGCAUGACGCAGAAGGAGAGCGGAGCCUGGGUUGACAUCAUCGUGAGCUACUGGCGCGCCGUGAAGGAGAUCAUAAAGGCCGACGAGGCAUCCAACCAGGGCAGACUGGGGGAGCAACAAUGCCUUGCCGUGUAUGAUGCCUGGAAGGACCUGACCAGCAGCUUCAUCAAGCACAUCUCAGGUGGAGCGCUGCCGGCAUGGGCCAUAUUCACCCUCUACUUCACUGCAAACCAUCUGCGCAGGAUAGCCAUCAGGGCGGAUGAUCACUUGGCCAGCUCGAAGCCGGCGGCGGUCAACAACAGCUUCUCAGAUGACGUUGUGAGCACAGUGGCACAGAAUCAGAAGCUGGAGGAAGCUGCACGCGUCUUCAACAGGAUAUUUGCUCUUUGCUUGGGUGACAGGUGUGCCUUGACCUUACUCUGUGCCGUAUCGCUUCUGACACCGCUUCAGAAACCCAGAUCUCUCAGAGUCCCGCAAGUGGGGCGUCUACUGUGUAGCCAAUCUUCAAUUCAAGACCUACUUCAAGCUGAAAGCCAUCAGCUUGUCCAAGAACGUUGUCCGAUCGAUUGAAGCCCAGUCCGACUUGCCGCCCUUCGGCCUGUACCCAAAAGCGCACCGAGUCACAUACCGCUACUACACUGGAGUGAUCGCCUUUCUACAGGAGGACUACACAAAGGUCAGGAAGCACAAGAGAGAAUAGAACCUGUCGCUGACGCAUAGCAGGCGGAGAAGAACUUGCAAGAAGCCUGGGAGGCUUGCCACGCAGCUGCUGAGAAGAACAAGUCGUAAGUGUUGUCAUUGCAGCCAACGACGCAGUCGCAAACAACUGACUGCCACAGACUCAUUCUCACCUACCUCAUUCCCUGCCGUCUCAUCACACAACACGUCGUCCCCAGAUCUCCUCUUCUCGCCGAAUCUCCUCGACUCGAACGCAUAUUCGGGCCACUCGUGACCUGCAUCAGAAAGGGCGACCUCACAGGGUUCGACAAGGCCCUGGCAGAAGGUGAGCCCGAGUUCGUCCGACGACGCAUCUUCCUCACCCUCGAGCGAAGCCGAGACAUCGCUCUACGAAACCUGCUGAGGAAAGUAUACCUGGCUGGAGGCUACGAUGAUCUCAAGGAAGGGCAGACAGAAAAAGAUAGGAUGAGGAAGUCAAGGGUACCGCUCGUGAACUUUGCAGCAGCAUUGAGGAUGGGAGGGCAGGUGGUGGAGGACGAUGAGGUUGAGUGCCUUUUGGCGAACCAAAUCUUCAAGGUGCGUCUCCUCGAUCUGCACUUUCGGCUUCUCCUACUGACGCUUUCGCAGGGUCUGAUGAAGGGGUACAUCUCACGCGAGCACGCCAUGGUAGUCCUGAACAAGAAGGGCGCUUUUCCCGGCACCGGAGUUUGA